GUUAUGAAUUUUAAAAGUAAACCAAAAACCACCAAAUGUUCUGAAUGGACUACCAAAUACCACCAAACGACCACCAAUCGAUUGGUGAAAAGAAAAAAGUCAAAGUGGGGGGGCUAACUUAAUGCUAAAAAUUUAUUAUGGAUUUUGAAAGUAAACCGAAAACCACCAAACGUUUUGAAUGGACUACCAAAUACCACCAAACGACCACCAAUCGAUUGGUGAAAAGAAAAAAGUCAAAGUGGGGGGGCUAACUUAAUGCUAAAAAUUUAUUAUGGAUUUUGAAAGUAAACCGAAAACCACCAAACGUUUUGAAUGGACUACCAAAUACCACCAAACGAUCACCAAUCGAUUGGUAAAAAGAAAAAUGUCGAAAGUCAAAGUGGAGGGGCUAACUUUGCGGAGCUACCAAAAACAGGCUCAUUGGCAAUCUCCCUACUCAUCUCUGUAGCAACGACCUGCUGCAAUUUGCUGUGACUACAAAUAAUAAUUCUUGUGGUUUUGCUGAUUUUACAUUCCGAAAAGCUUGAUAUGAGAUAACAUGUGAUAUAUUUCGGAGUAGUCUCCGAAUAUUAAUAUACUUUAUUCUAUGUAUAUAAUUAAAUUUGAAAUAAUUUAGCACUCGAAAGAUUAUGAUUUUAAAAGGUAAUUUUUUAUUUAAUUUAUUUUUAAAUUAUCGGCUGCAAAUUAAACCGUAUCUUCAAUACACGUUACGCUCCAAAUGAAUAUAGGCCUUCAAGUUAUAAAACCUGCGAUUAUAGAUCGCUCUUUAGGAAAUCGACACAAUCCACGAGUGCCACGAGAUCGUCAGUCGCGCUCAGGUUCUCGAAGUUUAAAAAUAGUCGUCUAGCCUGCCUCGGAAUUGCUUGCCAUCGUGUGUCGUCCUUCGAAAGAUAAAAAUUUUAUGAACGGAGGGUCAAAAAUUGGAACGAGAUGGCUUCAAAAUUAACGCUUUCACAAGCCCUAGGAACAGAUGGUAGUGAUUUCACUCAUAGACAAAUAAUCGCGACACAAUAUCAAACUAGUGCAAUGAACAAGUCAAGACUGAAGUAUUGUAUAUUUUUUCACUACCUCCUAUUUUUUGUCAUGCUAGCCAAAUUAUCAGCAGACAUUUUGGAUCGUUUGGAUAUUUUUAUUUUGGAAAUUGAAGAGUUACAGAUUCCAGUGCCACUAUGGUGGGAGUACAUAUGGUGUACAAGUUUGUUGUUGUCAUUCCUGGGAUUAUCAGCAAUUAGAAGGAACAAAAUCAAAACAUUACAGCGAUAUAUGAUUGGUAUUAUUUUGUUGGGCUAUGGACCACUUUCCUAUGCUGUCAUUUAUUACUUCAAGGAUGUUUGGAAGUAUCUUACAAGUGACAAUUCUGAUGAUAUUCACAUAUGGCAUGGUUUACCCUAUGGAUUAUUGUGGUAUGCCUUUGUCUUGCUGGGGUCACAAGUUCACUUUUUCUCUCUCUACUUUUCUUGGAAUCUCUUGCAAGCUUGGAAAGCAAGAGGGACCAAGAAAGCAAAAUAAUUACUGGUUGUACACACCAAUGCAAUAAAAGAUGUUCUCAGACAGUGUUACAAAUUAAAUUAAAUGUGAAGUAUACGUCUGUACUACCAAGUUAAUGUGAUACUAGGAACCUAAGAGUUAACAUUGUUAAUUCCUUGUGAAUAUUCUUUAUGUUUCUCGACCUGGUUAUGAGUACAUAUAAUAUCAUUAAACUUAAGUAACAAUAAUAUGGAGAAGGAUAUGUUUGCUAAAAAUGUUUAAGAUUUUAUUUAAUGGAUGAUGCCUUGCUUAGUCCCAUGACUCGACUUUUAAGAAACAUUAAGCUGUUAUAUCUCAAAAGUGUAUUUUUAUUGUGGAAACAACAACAGCAUAAAAAUCGCAUGUGAAUAAAAUGUAUAUUUUAAAACAUCUAAGUUACCAAAAUAUUAAAUAUAUACAUAUAAAUGUUAUACAUUCAA